UUUCACACAAGGCGCUCCAACUUUGAUUUUAACCGGUAAACCAUCCUUUUCAGGCUUCCACAGACGGAAGAGCAAAGUCCUUCUAAAGUACGAAAAAAUUUCUUGCAUGAACUAGAGACAUAAUUAGGGCUUUAAUACAGAGUUGAUGUUCAUAAAUGUCGUCGAUUCGGAGCACCUUAUUGACUGUUUUUGUAAUCCUCAUACUGAAAAAUUCAGAAUCAACGCCGCCUGGAGCUUACAGAAGAGAUCCAGGUCAUCCUCAAUGGCACCACAGUGCUUUUCAAGACGUUAAAGAUAGUGUCCGAUCUGAUGUUCAUCGUAUGCUCCAUUCUCGCGCCGAGGUUCCAUUCCAAGUCCCACUUGAAGUAAAUGUUAUCCUCAUCGGUUUCAGUGGAGAUGGAGGCUAUAGAUACACACUAGAUUCUCAAAAAUUGCAAGAGUUUCUUCAAGUUGGCUUCCCUACUCACAGGCCCUCAUGUUUGGAGACAGGCGAGCCCCUUGAUAUUGAGCAUCACAUGGUGUUUAAUGCAAUUCCAGUUGGACAGCCGGAAGUGAUAGCAUUAGAAAAGGCUCUGAAAGUAGCCAUGGUUCCUGCUGGCACUGCCAGAGAGACUGAUUUUGGAAGGGAAGUGCCUGUAUUCGAGAUUGAUGCAACAGCUAGAUUGACAGACCAAUGCCAACUGCAAUUUUUUAUUGUGAAUUUUGAUAAGGUUAGAAUGGAUCCCAGGAAUAAGGGUAUUGAUUUUGAUAGUUUAAUGUACCAAAAAAUUGAUGGGUUAACUAAAGAAGAUAUAAAGAAACAAGAGGGAGGUUACAUGUAUCGUUAUCGUUAUAAUGGAGGAGGAGCAUCUCAAGUUUGGCUUGGUUCUGGAAGGUUUGUAGUAGUUGACAUCUCAGCAGGCCCAUGCACAUAUGGGAAACUUGAAACAGAAGAAGUUGAGCAUCUUGUUGCUCCAGAUGUCAGGUUUGAAACUGUAGAUCUAGCAAUGAGGUUGCUUAUACCAAUAAUCGUCCUACAAAAUCACAACCGUUAUAAUAUAAUGGAAAAAGGCCACAACUACAGUAUAGACAUUGAAGCCAUUGAGUACGAGGUUAGGAACAUGGUACACAACGGAGAAGAAGUAGUGAUUGUAGGAGGUUCACAUUUAUUACAUCUCCAUGAGAAAUUAGCAAUUGCUGUUUCAAAAGCCAUGCGUGGUCAUUCCCUACAAGAAACUAAAAAAGAUGGACGCUUUCAUGUCCAUACAAAGAUGUAUCUUGAUGGUGCCAUUCUUAAAGAGGAAAUGGAACGUUCUGCUGAUGUACUUGCUGCUGGAUUGCUUGAAGUCUCUGACCCUUCGCUUUCUGAUACAUUUUUCCAACACCAGCAAUGGAUGGAUGAGAAUGAUGAGACAGAUGAACCCACUGAUUCAUAUUUGAAGCACAAACCUUUUCAGUCUUAUAACCCAAACACAUGGGGACAAAACACUAAAAAUGUCAAAAAGAAACAAGGAGACAUACAUCGGACUUAUGGAACGAGAGUUGUCCCAGUGUUUGUUUUAUCAUUAGCUGAUGUGGAUCCACAUCUUAUGAUGGAAGACGAAAGCCUAUUGUGGACAAGUAACGAUGUUGUCAUUGUACUUCAGCAUCAAACUGACAAGAUACCUUUAAGUUAUGUAUCAGAAACAGAGAGAAUACAUGUAAUUCCAUCACAAGUAGAACGCCAUAUAAUUGCUGGACUUGCUUCAGUAGUAGGUGGAUUAAGUGCUCCAUACGAAAGAGUUUCUCAUAUUCACGAAAGACCUGUUGUAAAUUGGCUCCUUGCAGCUGGUUGUCAUCCAUUUGGACCAUUUUCCAAUGUCUCCAAACUUAGUCAACUCCUUCAAGAUGUCACAUUGAGAAAUACAAUAUAUGCACGUGUAGAUUCCGCCCUUCGUAGGAUUCGAGAGAUGUCCGAGUCUGUGGAAGCUUUUGCUGGAAAGUAUCUGAGAACCCCUUUAGGUGAACCAGUGAAGGGUAAAAUGAACAAGACAAGCACUGAAUUAUGGGUCGAAAAAUUCUACAAAAAAGAAACAAAUCUACCUGAACCUUUUCCUCAUGAGCUAGUCGAACGACUCGAGACAUAUUUAGAUAGCCUUGAGGAACAGCUUGUGGAUUUAUCUUCACUGUUGUAUGAUCAUCGUCUACAUGAUGCGUACAUGAACAGUACUGAUAUUCUAGAAAAUUCCAUUUUCACACAACAGUAUGUUGAACAUGUGCUGGAGAGUGAAAAGGAACGGAUGAGAUGUUGUAAUAUCGAGUAUAAUCGAACGCCGCAGCCUUCUCAAAGUCUGUUUUAUGCGGCAAUCCUAUUUGCAGUGCCUAUGUUUUUGUCGUGUCUAUCUCUCUACCUCUGGAAGUUUGGAAUCUAGAAGAUUGCCACUUGUCAAGAGGCGGGUCUACUGCCAAAAACGAUGUAAGUAAUAUGCAAACCCUAAAAAGUUAAAAACAAUGAAAAUUCAAAAAACUGCAUCAAAAAUUUUAAUUGAUGAAAUAAAUAGAUCUUGUAAACUAACAUCAAAAGAUUAUAAUGAUACUAACAUUGAAUUCAUGUGUAUAUGUUUGUGGAGAAAUUUUACUAAUACAGUGAUUAAUACACUUUUAAGAUUACUUUAUGUUGUGUGGAUGUAAUACGGAA